CCCCACUGCUUCUUCUUCGCCGUCGCUGUAAACAAUUUGAAAUUUGCAUUUAUUCGCGAUUCAGUCGCCAAUCAUCCGCUAAAUUGCGCGACAAAAGAGUGCUAAAUUGGUGGUUCCGGCGUGUGCAGAGACAAGCGGAUAGGCAAGCGAGCAGCGAAAGCAAACGGAGGGCGGCAAACGUUAUUUUUUCCAAUUUGGAAGAUAGCCAAAAACGGCGAGAAAGCAAAAAGUGGACAUUUGAACCGCAUUACAGAGCACAAAAAGCGAAAGGAACAGCUGGCGGAUCAGGUGCGUGGCUGCAGCGGAAUCACUUGCUGCUAACCCGGCCCUAAGUAAGCACCUUAUGUGAAAAUCGGCCAAGAGCACCGCAGCACAACAACCGCCAUAAACCGGCAACAGCUGAAAGCUACUUCUGCUUACGUAAGCCACCGCACACAAGCCGUUAGGAAAGUCGCUCUACCGCCGAAAUGUCGCAGGUCUCAACACUUAUCGAUGUGGACAAGCCCCUCUUCGACCUCAGCACCUUUGCUGGGCGCUUCCAGUACUUCGCCUGGAUGACGGAUCCCCGCACCGUAAUCCUCUCCAGCGAUCGUCUGCUCGAGGCCAAAGCCAUGGUGGAGCGCUACCGGAAAGGCGAUCAGUCGCCGCAGGUGAAGCCGGAGCAAGUGCACUACAACAUGAAGCUGUACAGCUCCGCAUUUCACCCGGAUUCUGGGGAGCUGCAGAACUUUUGCGGCCGCAUGAGUUUUCAGGUGCCCGGCGGCAUGCUGAUCACCGGUGGCAUGUUGGCCUUCUACCGCACCGUGCCCGCCGUGGUUCUUUGGCAGUUCAUCAACCAGUCCUUCAAUGCGGUGGUCAACUACACGAACCGCAAUGCCAACUCGCCCACCAGCGUUACGCAGCUGGGCGUGGCCUACGUAUCGGCCACGACUUCGGCCCUAAUAGCCGCCAUUGGAUGCAAGAACUACUGGUCUAAGAAGGCGAGUCCUCUGUUUCAAAGAUUCGUGCCCUUUGCCGCAGUGGCGGCCGCCAAUUUCGUCAACAUUCCGCUGAUGCGACAGAAUGAGAUACUGAAUGGCAUCGAGGUGAAGAACGAGGAGGGAGAGAUUGUGGGCCAAAGUAGAUUGGCAGCCAUCAAGGGCAUAGGCGAGGUGGUGGUGUCCAGGAUUGCGAUGGCGGCGCCUGGAAUGCUGGUGCUGCCCUUGAUCAUGGAGCGGCUGGAAAAGCUGCCUGCCUACAGGCGCAUCAAGUGGAUAAACGCUCCAUUCCAGACCCUGAUGGUUGGCUGUUUCCUUUGCUUCAUGGUCCCCACUGCCUGUGCUUUGUUCCCUCAGCAAUGUUCCCUGGACACUUCGACCAUGCGGACCUUCGAGCCGGAACUUUACGGGGAAAUCGAGAAGAAAACCCGAGGCAAUGUGCCCCAACGCGUCUACUUCAACAAGGGACUGUAGAUCAGCUCGAUAUUAUUCAUGGAUUUAGAGGAAGACAAUAAUGUGUAGUGGUUUCCGUUCUCGUCAUGUUUUACGUAGCAUUUAUUGUAUCAGAUCGCGCAAUACGUUGCAGUUGUUCCUUGUCUAGUGUCAAUUGUCGUAGCCGCUAAGCUAAAAAGAAUCUCAGCCCAAUGAAAUGUUAAUAUUCAAGCGUGCUCCGGUUCUCACAUUUAAAAAUAAAUUGGAUUUACAUUGGAUUUCAUAAUAAUUCAUUUGCUCCUCGUGCUCUGCUUAAGAAACAAAAUUUUUGAUCAUUUUUAAAACCUUAUUUGGUCCUUUGAUUAGUUUUAAGUCACAAAAUAUAUUUUAAUUUCCUUGAAAUCAAAAACCGAAGCACGCAAGUACUUAAUGGAUAUUAAUAUACACGAAUAACCUAAGUAGUUUUCAGUUAAUUUUGUAUUCGGAUUACUUUCGGUGAUGGUAUUAAAACUGCGAUAAUUGAUGAUCUAGAUCAAUUACUAAUUAACUCAUUUAAACCCAUAAACUUGCCCAAAGAUAAUAAAUUCCUCAACUUGUACAACAAGA